AUGCGACGGGAGGGGCAACUCACCAAGAGAGGUGCCUGGGUGCGAAGGUGGCUCUGGGUGUUUGAGGGUGACCGACGACGCCGUGGCGGCUCCUCUGAGUCAGAGUGGUGCGACGCAGUGGGAGAGAGAGAGUUAGAGAGAUGGAACUGAAAACUAAAAAUAGCGAGAGGGAGGAAGGGUCUGUGCGACGGCAGGGGCUUACCUGAGGGAGUGGGUGCGACGGCACAGGGUUGGCCGGCAGUUUCUGGCACCUUUGGUGGUGCUCCGAAAUCCUUGGGUGGUUGGCGGUGGCUGGCAGAAAACUAAGCCUAUGCGUUAGAAGGAGUCACCCACGGGGCAUGACAAUCGUCUUUGGAUACAUAGGCAAAAACCAAACUUUUUUAAAAUCGGAUGUCUUCCUCCUCAUCCUUUCGAUAAAGUUCUUCCCGAAUCAACUUCUCCGCUGCUAACAAUGGACUACUCAUCAGAGUGGAAGUCCCUCUUCCCGGUCUCUGUAGUCUUUAGUCCUCCUCUCCUCCUCUCAGGCCCUUCAUCUAGAGAAGCUCUGGGUCCCCUAUUUUUCAACCCAAAGCCCCAAAGCCUAACACACCUCUUCUCCUCCCAAUCUUUCUUGCCUCACUCUCUCUCUCCUCCUCCGCCCCACCUCUCUCUUCCUAGAUUCCUCCUCACCUCAUCCAUUCCCCCCUCCACUCCCUCCUCCGUCUCCUUCCAUGUCGAGCACCACACUACCCAUCAAAAUGACGCCGCUUCUCACCUCCUUCACAACCGCCUCUCCUUUCUUCAGCAACCCAAUUCCAAGUCUGUCAUUGUUUUCUUCCCUACCGGUGACAAUUCCGAGCAAGUCGGAUUCUUGGUAUUAUUGUUGGAUGGUUCGGGUUCCAAUUUUGACGUUCGGGUUGGUAAGAAGGGUGGCAUUUUCAGGGAAAAGACUGGGUUUGAGUACCAGAUUAACAAUAUCUCAGUGAACCCCAUGGUUGAAUCAGGUUUUGGGUCUACAAGUUGGGCAUGUAAUUCAAAUUCCUCUGUUAUUGUUGGGUAUUUGAUGGCUUCUACGUUGUACUCUGUGCAUUGGUUUGCUGUGAAGGUUAAAGAAAUUGGCUUGAAUUGGGAUAGCCCAAGUUUGGUUUGCUUAGGUAGUAAGGUUUUCAAGAGUUGCUCUAUUGUUUGUGCUUGUUGGAGUCCACAUAUGCCAGAGGAGAGUGUGGUUUUGUUGGAGAGUGGCUCAUUGUUCUUGUUCGAUUUGGAGCCUUGUUUGAAAAGUGUUUCCCCGAGUGUGCGUUUUAGAGGGACUAGGUUGCGAGUUUCUUGGGAUGACGAGUCGGGUACUUCGGAGAGUCGGAAGUGGUUGGGUUGUGAGUUCAGUUGGAAUCAUAGGAUCUUGAUUGUUGCCCGGUCUGAUGCAGUGUUUUUAGUUGAUUUGAGGCUUGAUGAAUACAUUGUGAGCUGUUUAGCCACGGUUGAGAUGCUAAAAAUGUAUGCAUCGGUUAAAAAUGAAAGGUUCCUUAGUUUUAAGAUUGCAGGUUCUGAUGGCUUUCAUUUUGCAUUGGCUUCACAUAGUUUGUUGCUUCUUUGUGAUGUGCGGAAACCGAUGAAGCCGCUGUUGCUAUGGGCUCAUGGUCUUGAUAAACCGUGCUACAUUGACGUGUUUAGAUUGUCUGAAUUGAGAUCGAACUCAAGGAAUGAAACGUAUCAGUGGGCUUCUGAAUCAGGUUUUUGCAUUAUAUUAGGAUCCUUUUGGAAUUGUGAGUUUAAUCUUUUUUGCUAUGGACCUGCUUUACCAGCCCCACGAGGAACCAUUGCGUCUGAAAUUUCAGAAUUUUCAAAAAUCAUUUAUGCAUGGGAGCUCCCUACAGACUUGUUAUUGUCUGGUCGUGAAUGCAGAUGUGGAAGUUGUCUUGUAAGGGAGGAGAUUUUGAAGUAUGAUCUUCCUGAAUGGAUUGAUUGGCAACAAAAGAAAGAGAGAGUUUUGGGCUUUGGCAUCCUAAACAAAGGUCUAUCUGCACAGCUUGCCGAGUCUGAUGAAUUUGGUAGUUUUGCACUGAUAAGGCUCACGUCUUCAGGGAAGCUUGAAUUACAAAGAUACUGUGCGUCAUGGGAUUCUGUGAAGAAGUUGAAAGAAUUUAACAGGGAAUUUUUGCAAUUUGAAGAUAAUUUCCUGUUUACCAAGGAAGAUGGAGCAUAUAGAUUUCCCAGAAGAUUUAAGUACCUGAACUUUGAUUACCUAUCUUCAUAUUUGAAUGGUAACCUUACUAAAGUCCUGGAUUCGAAAAUUAAAAUUCAUCAUAAGGGUCCUCAAGAGAAGGAAUCCUUUAGUACAGAAGCUCAUGAAAUCUUAUGUGAGAAGUUGAAGGCUUGUGGCUUUGGUCGAUUGAGAUCAUCUCCAGCAGUUUCAGUUGCUUUUGAUGACAUAAGCUUGCCGGCGAGCAUACACGAGGUUGCUUUGAGGAGACUAUGGGCAGGCCUGCCAAUAGAACUUUUGCAACUGGCCUAUUCCAACUACCCUGAGUUGCUUGAAGUACUAGUGGACCAGAAAAAGGUAGCUUUGGAAUUUCUAGUUGUUCCAGACCUACCUCAAUUGCCUCCUUUCUUUCUAAGAAAGCCUUCAUGCCGAAGCAAUAAAUGGUCACAGAAAGUGCAGCGAGAUGAUGCUCUUGUGGGUCCAGUACUUCCUCUUCCAAUUCUACUUGCACUUCAUGAGUAUCGUAAUGGCUACUCAGAUUUGGAAGGAAUGGAUGGAUUUUCUUUAGAGAAGGAAUUUAGCCUGAGAUGUGAUGAAGUCAAGCAGGUGGCCAGUGAAUUGGCUGUGCUAGAUUCUAGUUGUGAGCUUCGUGAUGAUGGUGCUGUCUCCCUUGCCGAUGACAGAGAAAAGAUAUGGGGCAGCUCUGAAAAACUGAAACCUUUCUGUUUAUAUACUCCAGUUGCGUUUAAAUAUUCUACCAUGGAUUAUACUAUGUGCAAUAAUACCUUCAGUGAUAAGAAUUUUGAUAUCCUGAUUUUUAAAGUUCCCGAUAAGAAGCAGGUUUCUCCUGACAAGAGGGAAACUGGUGGGCCCGAACUAUUUGAUGUUCUGUGCCCAACCGAGCUGAGGUUUGAUGCUCGGGUCAAGAACUCUGGGCAAAAUCAAUUGAAGUCCUACAAUAUUCUGAAGAGGCAAUGGUCCAAAUGGCAAGAUGGUUUUAGUUUAUAUCAGGAAUUUUACUCCCCAACCAAAUUCCAAAAGCAAUCUACAUGAUUCUUUUAGUUUCAGCACUUACACUACUUGCCUUGGUAUCACUGGAUGAAAACCACGAAUCAGAAGUGCUACUUGAAUUAGAGUCACAAUGCUGCUGUCCAUAAACCUUGUUCAUCUGAUCAAUUAGCGACUACCGAGGUGUCACAGAGACUUAUAUCAGGAAAGCCACGUGUUGCCACAGGUGAAGAAUAUUUCUGGUGCUGCUUGGAAUUGCAGGGACAAGUCUUAGAAUACAAAUAUACAAAUCCUGGCAAGUCAUAACUCUCCGCUCUGUAAUAUAGAUUAGAAUGCCCAUCUCAGUCAAUGGUGUGGGAUACAACAGUGCCUUCAAGGAAGAGGACCUGUGUGAGUCGUCCAAAGCAAUCUCCAGUUGAGAAGCUGACAAAAGAUCUAUGUUCUAUUCUGCAUGAACAACAGUCUUCAUAUUUCUCUGGAUCUUCUGAAGAGGAUCUACUUUUUUAAAGUGGAAUGCCAAUGGUUUCUGUUGAGAUAGGACAUGGAAGUGUUCUCAUUAGGCAUCCAAGUUCAAUAGCUCGGGAUGAGGAAUCUGAAGCUAGCUCACUUUCAGUGGAUAACAAACAAUUGCCAUCUAACGAGGCUUAUUCCUAUUCUGAUGCCCCUCCUGUACAUAAUGUUAGUAGGGUUGUAGGUUUUUCAAGUCCUGGGUUUGAAAGAAUGAAGAACCAUAAUGGACAAGGGAUGCAACCAGAACAACUUAAAAGAAUUGCAGGGACAAAUCUCAGAAUGAGAAUCUACAAAUCCUGGCAAGUCAUAACUCUCCACUGUGUGAUAUAGAUUUGAAUGUAGCACCCUAAACUAUGCUCACCGUAUAGCAUGCACGUGUGCACAAAGUCCAUUUUUUUGGUGAUUCCUUCAAUUGUUGAGUGCUUAUCAUAACUGCAGUUCAUGUUCGGUGUUGAACGUAUUAAACUAUGAGGAGUUUAUCAGACACUCAACGAAUGAAGAGCAACAAAUAUUACUAAAGUAUCUAUCUCCAGUUGAUGCUGUUACAGUCCCUGAUAGGUUUUGAGAGUUUCAUUUAGGAUCCUAUACAAUUGGAUUAAGAAGUUAGACCCGAUCUGGCCCUCAUGAUGGUUUAAAUUGUUCCAUGCAAUAAGUAUGUUUGGUAGCCCUCGAUUCAAGGAUAACUUAAUUUACUUUCGACAACUGCUUGUGGAAGGGGUCUUUGACAUCUCCAUCUCUGGGGCAAAAUCUGAAGACUGCAAGACCUUGAAAAGGCUUGCAUUAUUCGAUUUGACGAAGUCCAAAUGGGUUGAAAACUAUCAGAAAUGUAAAAGUAGUAUGGGAGGAUAUGUUGUUUCUGGAUCUAAUGCCACUGCCCCAAGUAAUUUAACAAAUGUCAAGAGGUUGCGUGACAGCCCAAGUCAAAAUCCUACAGGUUAGCUGAGAAUUUUCUUUUUGGCCAUAUCUUGCUGAGUUGCCUGGCUUUUGUCUGAAUGUAAUUUUUGGAGUUCGAAUUCCCAAACACUAUGAUCAAGGGUUUAAUUCAACUUGGGCUUUUCUCAUAAAGUGAAGAAUUACUUUAGAAGCUUAAUAUGGGGCUUCAGAAAGGUGAGUGAAUUUCUUUGCCUAGUUUUGAUGAUAAAUCUGGAAUUUCUGUGUUUUCUCUUGUUCAGUGGUUUUCUGCUAUUGUAGUAAAGGGAGGGAAUAUUCAUGAGUUUUUGUCUUCUUUUUGGCUUUCUAGAAUGUAAUUAGUUCUCAUUUUAUAUACUUCCUGUGUCCAUGGGCUUUGCCUAGUUUCAUUCGUUUCAAUAAAAUUUCUUACUUAUAGAAAAAAACAUUUGAUGAUAA